AUGCCGGCGGGCUCGGAGCACAGCGAGUCGGAGGAGGAGGCCGCCCCGGACGAGCAGAAGGUGGAGGGCCGGGCGCAGCAGCAGCUGCGGGGGUCUGCCAGCAGCGGCCCGCGCUGCUACGGCCUGCAGCCGCAGCCGCGGCAGCGCUUCAGGACCUGCGAGGUAUCGGACAAGAGCUCGAGCUCCGAGCCGCUGCACGGCUUCAAGUUCAGCUUCCUAUGCCUCAGCGGCGUGGACGACUCGGUCUCCCCGCGGACCCUCUGCGACAUCUCCCAGGAGUUCUCCUUCGUCGAGUGGGGCGUUAACUUCAGGGCGGAGAGGCAGGGGAAGGAGCCGCGCUACGCGUCCCUCGCGUGGCUGCGGCAGCUGCGGGAGGAGAUCGACCGCCGGCAGCAGACGGGGAAGUUCGCGCCCAUCCACUUCGCCGCCCACCUAG